AUUGAGGAAACAUCAAAGAUCUCUUAAAUGCAUUUUAUUAUUCGUCACUAAUCAAUUGGCACUUACGCAAUAAUAACUGCUCAUCUGAUUCAAACAAUUAAAUAGCAUCAUGUCUUUUCGCCAAUUUGAAGAACCAAGUCAUGCCUCAUUGUACAGAAAGUACAGGGAGAAACCACCAGAGCACUUAAUCGAAAGGAUAAUCCAGUUCUUGAAGGAAAAGUACUCUGGGCCUUUGAAUCUGGUUGUGGACUUGGGAUGCGGCUCCGGCCAAUGCACGUUUUUCCUUGCGAAAUAUUUCAACAAAGUUCUUGGUACCGACAUAAGCGAGGCACAAAUUAAUGAAGCCCUGGAGGAAAGCAGCGUGAGAAAAUGUGACAACAUUGAAUUCCGAGUUUCAAGGGCUGAGGAAAUAGCACUGGCAGAUAAAAGCGUUCAACUAAUCACGGCGUGCGUAUCCGCUCAUUGGUUUGAUUUGGAAAAGGUGUAUGAAGAAGGGCGUAGGGUUUUGUGUCCUGGAGGUGUGAUGGCUUUCCUCUGCAUGGAUGGCCUCAUUGCUGAGCAGGGGAAUGACCUACAACGGAACCUAGAGUUUGCAAAUAUUAUGGAAUAUGCCAAUAGUAAAAUAGAGCCAUAUUAUGCACCUCCCGUUGCACACGCAUUCAACAAAUAUCGAGACAUCACAAUCCCUUACGACGAUCUCACACGCGAGUAUGGAUAUGAAAUGAGUUCAACUGCAAAUCUGUCAAUGAUUUUGGGAGCAAUCAGAAGCUUUUCAGCGUUUCAAACACUCUGCAAAGUGAAAGGUUUAGAGGAGGGAGAGUCGUUUAUACAACAAGUAAAAACCAGGUUUCUUGAUGUCGCAAAUGUCCCAAAUGACAAUAUUAACGAGAAUGUGUUCACAAUCAAGCGUCGAUAUUUUGUGGUUAUGGCACGAGUCUAACCAAGCGGUAUCUGACCAAGAAAUUGUAAACAUGUGCUAUGAACAGUUGCAUCAAAAACCUUUGUAAUGUAAUCAUGUAAAAUUGAGCGGAUAGUGAGGAAAUAAAGAUUAAAUUAGUAAACUAUUGUUUUGAAAGAGGAGCCUCUGGCAUUAUGAAGUAUCAGAGGAAACAUUUGUAAUAUUAAAUAAAAAUGGUUGAUACAUCUUUGAGAUAAAAAU